CUUCUAAGCAGUAAACAUCUCUCUGCUCGACUAUUUCCGAAAUUUCGCGAUUUUUUACAAAUUUCGAAAAACGAGAACAAUUUUUUGUGGUGUAAACAACUUUUUCGAAAAAUUCGUGUUUUUGUGGUGUUAAUUGUGUUUGGAAAAAAUUGUGUCUUGCUUUUCUCAUCAUGAUUUAAUCGUAGUAGUGAAGUGAACAAUGCAAACCAAAUGUUAGUUUCAAAAUAAUUAUUAAAUAAAGUUAAAAAAAUGGAAGUGCAAAAACAAUUUAGUGUCUACAAAAUGGUCGGUCACUUUUUACUAACUUUUGUGUUAAUUUUGUCGAUUCUAUUAGAAAGUGGUUAUUGCUUUAAUGUGGAUACUCUGAAUUAUAUAAGGCAUAGGGGCGAACCAGGCUCUAUGUUCGGAUUCAGUGUUGCAGUACAUAAGGAAAGGGGUUAUAGCUGGGUACUAGUUGGAGCCCCAGAAGCUGAAACCCCCCGGCAACCAGGGGUCAGAAGAGGGGGAGCCGUCUACAGAUGUGACAUAAACAGAGAUGACGCUUGCCAAGAGGUCGUUUUUGAUCCCAAUGGCAAUAACAACAACUCAGCUGGAAGCCAAAUAGACCAGAAAUCGUAUCAGUGGUUUGGAGCCACUGUCAGGAGUUCUGGCGGAGAUGAAGCACGGGUUGUGGCGUGUGCUCCCAGAUACGUUUACUAUUCGUCGAUAGGAACUAGGAGAGAUCCAGUUGGAACCUGCUUUGUUGCCAGCAGAGAUUUCACUGAAAUUGCCGAAUAUCCGCCUUGUAGAACACAAUGGCAAGCGGUUGUACAUAGGAGCUGUAGGAAGCUGGUAUUGGCAAGGGCAGCUACAUUCUGUAGAUACUUUGGCAAGACUUCCAUUUCCCGUGCCACCUAAAGUAUCUGUUUAUGUUGAAGGCCAAAUCUAUUCUCAGUCCCAAUACGAUAGACCAGAUGUGAUUUCGACCAAUGAGGGGCCAGCUUCGGAUGAUGACUCAUACCUGGGAUAUUCCAUCGUUUCGGGAGAUUUUGGAGGCGGAUAUGGCCAGACCGAUGUGGCAGCUGGGAUGCCUAGGGGUGCUGGACUCCUAGGAAAGGUGGUCCUAUACACAUGGAACAUGACAAACCUCCAAAAUAUCACAGGGGAACAGCUGGGAGCCUACUUUGGUUACUCCAUAACAUCGGUUGACAUAGAUGGAGAUAGACUGGAUGAUCUGAUCAUAGGAGCACCUCUAUACACUGAUUUCGAGAAUAAUGAAAAUGCCUAUGAGACAGGAAGGGUUUACUUCGUUUACCAAGGGAGAGAGAGUUACAGGUUUAGACAGAAAUGGCAUGUGAGAGAUGGCAAAAAUUCGAAAUCCAGAUUUGGUCUGGCAGUUGCUUCACUGGGAGAUAUCAAUCGUGAUGGAUAUGGAGAUGUGGCGAUAGGAGCACCAUAUGAUGGACCUUCAGAACAGGGCGCCGUCUACAUAUACCACGGCUCACCCGACGGUAUAAGAGAGAAACCGUCUCAGAUAGUGACGUCAGAACAGGUCUCUGGACCUCAUAUUCCAGUCACCACUUUCGGGUUCUCCCUGGAUGGAGCGAGGGAUUUGGAUAAUAAUGAGUAUCCAGAUUUGGUUGUUGGGGCUUAUGACUCUGAUACAACUGUGUUUUUGAGAGCAAGACCAGUGGUGAAGAUGAAAGCCAGCGUAGAAUUCAACCAAGAGUCGAAACAAGUAAUUCUUGAGGAGAAGAACUGUACAUUGAAGGACUACUCCAGGGUGCCUUGCCUAUCACUUGAUGCCUGUCUUGAGUACAGUGGUGUCGGAGUGGAGAACACAUUGGAUUUCGACAUCCAACUAAUACUUGAUGCGAAGAAAACGAAGAGUCCGAGAAUGUUCUUCUUGUCCGAUGAAGGGAGAAAUGUGAUGAACCAGAGUCUCCAGCUGACCAAGGGGUAUCCGCUCUGUAAAAACAUGUAUGUCUACUUGAAGUCUGGCAUCAGAGACAAACUAACAGUCCUGGAAGCAGAGAUGCGUUACUCCUUGAGAGGCGAGGCGCACUGGGCCGCCCAGAGUGUGCGUUCUGGACGGGGCAGACAGCCCAGAUCACUCUUCCCCAUUCUGGACCACAAUGAACCCCUCAUGAGGCGGGACUCCGUCAGCAUACAGAAGAACUGUGGACGGGAUAAGAGUGUAAAACGCUACCUCCUGGGUUCGGGAGAACGACUGAUGAUCGACGUUUACGUACAAAAUGAAGGGGAGGAUUCGUUUGAGUCAGUUUUGGACAUGCAUGUGCCCGAGGGACUCAAUUAUGUGAAUUUUGAGAGGGUGGAUGCCACAGACAGGGAGAUACUCAUCUUGUGUUCAGCCCCUAGCUUUUUGAACAAUUAUACACUGCAUUGUGAUAUUGGAAAUCCUUUGCCUAGAGAGAAGCAUGUUCACUUCAGGGUCCUACUGCAGCCUUUCUACAAGGAGGGAAUGAAACAGAGAUUCGAGUUCUCAGUCUCAGUGAACAGUUCAAACCCCGAAAACAAAUCUUCAUCACACGAUAACUACCAAGAAUUCACGGUUCCCAUUUGGGUUGAGACUGACAUACUCUUAUCUGGAUCUUCACAACCUGAGGAUAUCCACUAUAACACGUCACUCUAUAACGCAGUGAAUAUAACACAGGAGAGUGAGAUAGGGCCUCAGAUAGUGCACACUUAUAGCAUCCGGAAUAAGGGACCCUCGGAUAUAGUACAGGCUGAAGUGUUAUUUUUAUGGCCUUCCUAUACAUUGGCUGGUGAUCAUCUCCUUUACUUACUUGAACAACCCGACACCAGUGGACCAAUCAGAUGCGAGUAUGUACCUAAUGUGAACGAGGAGAGAGUCAGGUUGGAUAAAAGGAGGAAAGCCUACCUACAAUCUGGAAACUUUGGUGUACAAAGUGGUCUGACAUCUUCUGGCUCAGGACUAACCAUUGAGAAAUCACAAUCAUCCUCCUCCUCCUCCUCCUCUGGCACCUCAUCCGGUCACUCCUUCUCCUCCUCCUCCUCUUCUUCUUCCUCCUCCUCACACGGCAGCAGGAAGAUUGGAGGCAGUCGAAACAGCUCAGGAAAACGAAUCGAACUGACAGCCGCAGAAAGACAAAAGUUGGAGGAGGAAGCACUAAAGAGAGAGGAAGAGGAAUUGUUGGCUGAGACAGAAGAUGGAUCCUACAGACACAACAAGAGGAUCAAACAGAAGAACAGGAAGGGAGAGGAGGGCUCCAGGGAGGAAGCUCGAGGUUCGAGGAACAGAGGGGAAGGUAAUGGACGUAAUAGUGAGGGAACACAAACUUUCCAAGAACGGGGCAGAACUGAGACCAGCAGUGGAAGUAGAGUGACAAGUUCUGGAGAAUCUUCUGGAAAAAGGAUCGUGGAAGAAGAGAUUGCCAGAAGUUAUGGGGCAGGUGGUGUGUACAACCAUAACCGGGAUGGGUACAACAGAAACUUUGAGACAAACCGUUCCGGAACAGCUGAUUCUAGACAUUCAGGGUCCUUCGGGACAGGAAGCUCAUAUGAUACGAGGCACUCAACAUCCCAAGGGUCAGCAACAUCUUCAGGAACAUCUUUUGAUGCAAGAGGAACCUCUGGAACAGCCUAUGAUUCCAGAAACUCUGGGACAUCCAGUCAUGGGUCAUCUGGUGGUGCAUAUGACUCGAGACACUCAUCAACUGCCCACCAUGAGUAUGGUUUCGAUGAUGAGGCAAGACGCAGACAGUUUGGUAAUGAUGCCUCAUCCACAAAGACCCAGAUUGAUUACUCAGGGUCAUCAAAUGUCAAUGUCAUUCCUGAGGAUCGCAAACAUUACAGCAAAGAAGAACAUCAUUUCCACAACUCAUCAUGGAACUCCAAGGAUGGUGGACAGCCUAAGGUGCAUUCCUCAUCUAGCUGGAGUAUAAAUUCGGAUGGUGUGGUGAGAAAUGGGAGUUCCACAGAUUUUAACGCAAGAGGUACAACUACUUUGGAGGAGGAUCUGAGGAACAUUGGGAUCAACCUGUCAAACAAUGAUGCCACAAACACUAGGAAAUAUGUGACAGAGGAGCAUAAGGAGACAAAUACAACCUGGGGUACAAAUACUAGACCAAGAACCUAUGAGACAACCAAUUGGAGAGUUGAUGAGAACGGGAAUGUCCGAAACGGUAGCUACACAAAUGUCUAUGAAGAUGGCGCAGUAGUGCAUAACUAUGGGGAACAAGGUGGGGGUGCUGUGGAAGGUCACAGGUAUUCAGGUUCGUCUUCAGAUCACAGGUAUUCGGGAGCAUCUUCAGGUCAACAGGGGACAGGUUACACAUCUUCAGGAACACAUGCAACAUCUUCAGGUUCCUAUGAUGAACAACACCGUUCAGGAUCUGAAAAUGCAAGAACCUCUUCUUCAACCUAUGGCAGUUCUUCAGGGAGUGGUUCCUCUGCAAGAGGUAGUUCUGCUAGAGGAUCUAGUUCUUCAGGAACUAGUUCAUCUGCAAGAGGAUCUAGUUCAGCAGGAUCUAGUUCUUCUUCAAGAGGAUCAGGAUCUUCACAGUUUGAUAGUUUGGGAGCUAUUGCAAGAGGUCCAGGUCCCAAUGAUGGAAGGGCGAGGACGUAUACGUUUGAUGUGAACAAUCAAGAUGGCGGCGGUCAGGGGAGGAGUGAGGAGGAGAGGAGGCAGGAGGAGAGGAACAGAAAUUCUGGUUCAAGAACAACUCAAUACGAAUCAGCUGAUAGCAGAGAAUACUGGGCUAACAGAAGGAGAGGAGGAGGUGCAGGAGAGAGAGGAGGAGAAGAAACAAAUCGUCAGUCUUCUUCUCACUCCACCAGUGACUGGAGAAGUAGUCAAGGUAGCGGAGGUCAAGUCCAUGCUUCUUCUGGAGAUAAUAUGGAGACACAUGAAGGCAGUUAUUCGUCAUCUAGCUAUCACCACGACUACUCUAGUCGGAAUCAGGAUUACAACCAGGAAGGGGACGGAGUGCAGGGUAAAUUCAAGCUGUACCCCCGUUACAAGAGGCAGCUAGACGAGGAGGGCAGAGUGGAUCUGGAGGGAUCCCUGAAGUGUGGCCCCAUCUCUUGCACUAGAAUCAAAUGCAGUAUUGGACCUCUCAGCAAAGACCAGGAGAUAUGGGUGGCCUUCAGGUCCAGAGUCUGGGUGCAAACCCUCAAAAAAUUCGCCUACAACCCAGAAGUGCACCUCUCUUCCCUAGUGGGAGGUCGCGUCACACAAUUACCCCACAUUGGAGCACCGGAUGUAUCCCAGCUUCACACCCACGAAAUAGUCACUCAGAUCCAACCACGUGACCUGGCCACCAAACCGGAAAUAGUCCCUCUAUGGGUGGUAGUGUUAUCAGCCUGUGUGGGUGCUCUAAUUCUAAUGUUAUUGGUUUAUUUGCUCUAUAAAUGUGGCUUCUUCAAGCGUAACAGACCUUCAGAUGCGCCCGAAAAAGAACCGCUCAACAGAAAUGGACAUUAUCAGUCUGGGGAUGAAGCUUUAUAAUUUUUUUAAAUUAAUAUUGUUAUUUGCUCUAUAAAUGUGGCUUCUUCAGAUGUAACAGACCUUCAGAUGGGCCC